CUCACACGCUGUAUAUGAACUACAGUCUUUAAACUUUGAAUUAGUUUAUUUAUUGAAUCAAUUAGCCACUGGCGUUUCAUUUAAAGCAAUAAACCAAAUACCAAGUGGUAUUUUUUACAGUUUGUGUUAUAAAGGCAUUGGAAAUUGUUAUUGCACUUGAAUCCUAACCUUACUUUCAAUGGUUGUGUAAUGAGCGAGUAGGAUGUUGCGUAAAUUUUUGAAUAUCGUUUUAGACGCCACAGCAAGUAUACCUAUGCAAGCAGAGUGUGCCAUUUAUACCUCCCCGUUCACCAGAAAGGAAACUUCGCAAUUUGCUUGGUUGUCGUCGCAGGCACCUUGUUUUCCGGUCCGUGCUGAAAACAUUACUAUACUAACCGAACCUCAGCAGUUCUACGAUACGCUGAUUGAAAAAUGUCGAGGAGCGAAAGAACGGGUCACCCUGUCAAGUCUGUACGUCGGCACAGGCCAAUUGGAGCAAAAUCUUGUACAGGCCUUAAUGGACAAUGAUAAUUUUCAAAAUGGAACCGCCAAAAUUAAUAUAUUACUCGAUUACACGCGCGGAAGUCGAUAUAAAAAUAAUUCACGCGUCAUUCUGAAACCUCUACUUCAACGUAACGACCAGAACUGCCACAUUAGUUUGUAUCACACACCGAUUUUGCGAGGUUUAAAAAAGAAGUGGGUGCCGGACCGUUGGAACGAACUCUUCGGCUUACAGCACAUGAAAUUGUACAUAUUCGAUGACACUUUACUAAUAAGCGGAGCAAAUUUAUCAAACGAUUACUUCACAAAUCGACAAGAUCGCUACUACAUGAUUAAAGACAGGGACUUGACGGACUUUUACAACGGGCUUGUGAGGCAGGUCCAAAGGUUCAGCUUGUAUUUGGACAAAGAAGAUGAAGUACACAUUCGCUGCUCGUGGUCUCAGCUACCAUACCAGGGUAAUUUGAACGAUUUUGUGGUUAAUGCCGGCAAUUUGGUGGAAUCUUAUAUAACACAGUGUAUAAACGAGCAAAACAUUUGUAAGCGAGAAGGCUACGAUACAUGGGUUUUUCCUCUGGUACAAAUGGGGCAAUUGGGAAUCAAUCAAGAUGCCUGUGUUACCAAGCGUCUGCUUGCGGAGGCACCUUCUGGUGCUAGUUUAUGCAUCGCAACCGGAUAUUUUAAUUUAACCUGGGAUUACAUGGACACACUGGUUACUAAAUGCUUUGCCAAUUGUAAAUUAUUGAUGGCCCACCCAAACGCAAACGGCUUUCAAGGUGCCUCAUUUCCAGCGGGUGGUAUACCUGACGCGUACAGUUUAAUAGCUCAACGAUUUAAAAAUAUGUUCGAAGGAUUAGGACAAAGCGAACGUUUCUCAAUGCACGAGUAUUUUCGUGAGGGUUGGACUUAUCACGGGAAAGGGUUAUGGUAUUAUGCACCCGAACAGGAUUUGCCAAAUUUGACACUGAUAGGAUCGCCAAAUUUUGGAGAACGGUCCGUGAGACGUGAUCUCGAAACACAGUUGGCGAUUGUAACUGAAAAUGGUGGUUUGCGACAGAAAAUGGAUGAAGAGUGCAAGCAACUGUACAAGUUAGGUUUACCCGCAAAUGUCGAUCGCGUAAUUCCAAAGUGGGUGUAUCCGAUGGUGUAUUUUUUUAGAGGAUUUUUCUAAUUGAAAUUGUCAAUAAAAUGUUUUUCUAGUUUA